UUGCAUGACUUGUAAAAUUACUUAUCUGGGGGCCUGCAGUGGUAUUUGACUGGAUAUUGCGGCCCGGUUCUGAAUGAUGUCAGAACAGGAUUUGGCAGAUGUUGUUCAGAUUGCUGUUGAAGACUUGACUCCAGAUAACCCAGUUGUGUUGGAGAAUCAUGAAGUGACAGAUGAUGAUGUAGAGCCUGCUCUGAAACGUCAGCGUAUCGAAAUUAACUGCCAGGAUCCCUCUAUUAAGUCGUUCCUGUAUUCCAUUAAUCAGACAAUAUGCCUGCGGUUGGAUAGCAUUGAGGCAAAGUUGCUGGCACUAGAGGCUACCUGUAAAUCACUGGAAGAGAAGUUGGAUCUUGUCAUGAACAAACAGCAUAGCCCCAUCCAAGUCCCCAUGGUGGCAGGUUCUCCUCUUGGUGCUACACAGACGUGCAAUAAAGUACGAUGUGUUGUCCCUCAGACCACAGUAAUACUGAACAACGACCGGCAGAAUUCAAUUGUAGCCAAGAUGGUUGGGCAGGAAGAGCCAUUGAGCAGAACAGCGGAUUCUCUGGAAAAUAUCCUUAGCAACGCCGUUCCUGGACGUAGGCAGAACACCAUAGUGGUGAAAGUUCCAGGGCAUGACGACAGUCACAAUGAAGAUGGAGAGAGUGGCUCUGAGGCCAGUGACUCAGUUUCCAACAGUGGACAAUUAGGAAGCCAAAGUAUUGGGAACAAUGUCACGCUUAUUACGCUGAACUCUGAAGAGGAUUACCCCAAUGGGACGUGGCUCGGAGAUGAAAAUAACCCUGAGAUGCGGGUCCGUUGCCCCAUCACCCCUGCUGAUAUGCUGCACAUCAGCACAAACUGCCGCACAGCCGAGAAGAUGGCGCUGACAUUGCUUGAUUAUCUCUUCCAUCGGGAAAUUCAGGCCAUCUCCAACCUUUCGGGCCAGGGGAAGCAUGGGAAGAAGCAACUUGAUCCUCUCAUGAUUUAUGGAAUUCGCUGUCACCUAUUUUACAAAUUCGGAAUCACAGAAUCUGACUGGUAUCGAAUCAAGCAAAGCAUAGACUCCAAAUGCCGAACCGCUUGGAGGCGGAAACAGCGAGGGCAGAGUCUUGCUGUGAAAAGCUUUUCAAGGCGAACACCUUCAUCAUCGUCUUACAGUGGUUCAGAGGGUUCGCAGAGUUCAGUUUCAGCUUCUAACGAGAUCCAGCAGAACCAGCCACAGGCACUACACUAUGCACUAGCCAACGCUCAGCAGGUUCAGAUCCACCAAAUAGGAGAAGAUGGACAAGUCCAAGUAGGACAUCUCCACAUAGCCCAGGUUCCUCAAGGCGAGCAAGUCCAAAUCACGCAGGACAGUGAGGGAAACCUGCAGAUACAUCAAGUUCAUGUGGGUCAAGAUGGGCAGGUGUUGCAGGGUGCUCAGCUGAUAGCUGUUGCUUCUGCCGAGCCUGCGUCAGGGGGUGUCGAUGGAUCACCGCUCCAAGGGAGUGAUAUCCAAGUCCAAUAUGUGCAGCUGACACCAGUGACAGACCACUCCGCGACUAAUCAAGGCACUGAUACCCUUCAAUCAGCAAUCCAGCCAGAGAUGCAGAUAGAACACGGAGCAAUUCAAAUUCAGUAAGAGAAGUGCAAAAACUGUGUCAACCGAGAUGUCAGUGAACCGCGGUCAGAAGUUAAGUGCUGUAGUCUUCGUGCAACACGAGGAGAUUGGAAAUGCCUGUUGGACUGACGGUCACACCUCGAACAUCUCCUGCAAAUAGCAGAGUUCUGAUGAUCUGGUUGUCCUCACCUGGAAUAAAUCAGACCCAUUUACUUAAAUCGGAGCUGCAUCGCUACAUCAGUUGAGAAUCUGGCCUUCAGAAAAAAAAUACAUGGCCUGCCCUUAGGUACACUUAAAGAGAAAAAAUUCUGUCAGAAAGUGGGAAAGAAGUCUAAGGAAUCAAAACCAUGAGACUAAAUUAAUGUUUCAUCCUGUUCAUUUCUUCUGUGAAAUACGCCAUUUGAAUGUCUGCAGAUAUCUUAGGAAGUGUAUUGCUGCUUUGCAAUACUUGCUUUACCACAUAUAGAAGAUCAAGAGCUCAAAUAUUUUUCACUGUUUAAACAGCUUUUUUUUAUUUGCUAUGGUGUUUAUAACAAAAAUGGAAAAUAUUUAAAAAAAAGAAAAAUCCC